CAAUUAAGAUAAUUAUUUUGAUGGAAAAAUGUUUUUGAAUUGUUAGAACACUUUGUUAGAACCGUUCUAGACAGCCAUAUGAAACGUCUUGAAAGUAUUUCAGUGCUUAGGUAAUUUAAAAUAGAAGAAAAAAAGAACAAAAAUAUGCAAGUAUGUCCGAAGAGGUAGAAAACCGUGUUUGCAACAAAAAGACCAUGAACAGUAUUAUCAGCACAGUUAAGCCUGAACUUAUAUUGGAAUAUUGUUUCGGAAUAUACAGAUUUCAACAAGUUGAUGAAGAGUUGCGUUCAGCGUCUUGGAAAUAUAAAGCAUUAGGCAGUUGCAUCAUCUUAAUGUACCUUUCGAUAUUUUUUCCAUAUAUCAAAUAUCCAACUAUCGAACAGAUCGGUGACUUUGUGGGCAUGAUGGAAGAAUUCCCAACCGCCGUGGUGUUCUUACAAUACAUUACAACGGCGUUAACAGCUUCUUUUUAUUACAGCAAGAUUAACAUUCGGAUAUUUACUUCGCUUCUAAAGUUGGAUACGGAUUUGCAAAUUGCUACAUCAACAGACUUUUAUAAACAGUUGCGUUCUCGACUUAUUUUUUGCCUAAUACUUCUAGUUAUAUCUCACUUUAUCACUACCGUGGUAGACUUGAUAAGUAUUAAUGAUGUCGUAUAUGGGAUAAUAGUCUCUCCUCUCUAUUUCAUGCAAAGACUUCAAGCAUUUAUUUUUUGUGUUUAUGUUUAUAUGCUACAAUGUAGGCUUCAGGUUAUUAACAAUUUUCUCAGAGUUUUUAUUCGGGAACAAAGAAAGAUGAUCAAACCCAUCUUCACAAUUAAGAAAAAAAGUGUUAUUCCGGAGCCGUCGCUUAACUUCAUAGGACGUCCAUCAACAGAAAACAUGAAAGUUCAGAGUUUGGCGUCUAUGUAUGAAUCCGUCGGAAAUAUUUGUUACAUGAUAAACGAAGUUUUUAAUUAUCAAAUAUUUAUGACUCUGGUAUCUACUUUUGUUUAUACCGUCGUUACUAUAUGGACAGCAAUAUACUUGUUGCGUAAACCACAUAAUAUAAAUCAAUUGAUUAAUAUUGGAAUUUGGUGUUCUAGUAUGAUAAGUAACAUAGUAAUCAUGGCGUUCACUUGUGAACGAUUGCUUUCGGUGCGGACCAAGACUAAGGUAUUGGUAAACAAGUUGAUAAUGAACUAUGAUCUGCCUAAGACGAUGAGAGUACAAGCGAAAGCCUUCAUGGAGUUAGUGGAAGUCUGGCCGCUACGGAUAUACAUUUACGAUAUGUUCUCGGUGGACAUUACGCUCAUGUUGAAGUUUAUAAGUGUGUCGACCACUUACUUGAUUGUUAUUGUUCAAGUUUCUCAUUUCUUAUAAUAUAUCAACUUGUAAAUAUUUGUAAAUAUUUGUAGUUGGUUACUUGCAACAUCAUUGAGUGAAAUUAAAUGUUUAAAACGCAAGUUGGUUUCCUUUCAUAAGUCUUAACCAAUAAUCCCAUGUGAUAAUUCCUGAGGGUUAAACACCUACUAAAUCUAAGUAGAUUCUGACAUGUCCAUAGUCCACGGUGCACGGACAGCUGACUGGUUGAGGUCACCACGCCAAAACCACUGUGUGCGUCGUAAAGCGGGUUCAAUCUCCGCGUAGGACAAGUAUAUGUGUAAUCCACAAAUGCUUGUUCUGUGUCUGAGUGUUUGUGGAAUCCCGCGAUUCAAGGAUAGAAUUCCUAAAUGCGCGGGUCGGAGUCGUUUAAAAAAAAUACGUAUUCGUCUUAAACGAAAUUGUAGAAUUUGCUUCAAAUUAAAAGCAAAAAUAUAUAAAGACCACAAACACAAUAUGGUACACAGAUAGUUAACCUGGAUAUAGGAUAGUUAUAUCAGGAUUAUAUGUU